GCUCUGCAUCUCAUCUCCUCGCCUGCUCUUUCUGUUUCUCACACAGUACUAGGAGGAGGAGGAGGAGGAGGAGAUAGAAAGGCAAAGGCACUCAAAUUAAUCAGUCUUUUCAAUAAAUUUCUUGAAGAAUUUGCUCUGACUGUUUAUAAUAGUUUUCAAUCAUUUUUCUCUCUCCAAGAUGUAUGGAAGUAGGGCAAAUGAUUGUCAGACCAGAUUAUAUAUUGGGUGCCUUUCAGCAGACACGAGAGAUACUGAUCUUCAAAUAAAAUUUCAACGAUUUGGAAGGGUUCGAGAUGUGGAUGUUAAACGUGGCUUUGCUUUUGUUGAAUAUUAUAAUCAUGGUGAUGCUGAGUUAGCCAGGAGGAGAAUGAAUGGGUUUCUUCUACAUGGGAGUAAUUUAAGUGUAGAGUUUGCCAAAAAGGAAUUAAGAAGAGCAAUUAGAAGAGGUGAGUCAUAUGAAGAAAUGAGGCGUGUAGAAGGUGGUGUUCAUAGAGAUCAUUAUUAUGAACGGAAUGAUCAUUAUUAUGAAAGGGCUGGUACAUGUCGGGAUGUACGAAGAGGGCUUAAAAGAACAAGAGGUGCUUUAAAUAACCCUGAUUCCCAAAGUUUCUUUAUCAAUAGAGAAAUGGGCUAUGGUGGUCACCCCACCUAUGCGCACUCUAGUUCUUCACCACCAUUUCGUAAAGGUCGAUUCCUUGUGCAUGAUUAUAAUAGGAGAGAAGUGUGUUAUAACUGUGGAAGAGAGGGACACUUUGCAAGGGAAUGCAAAGAAGGUGAUUGGAGAAAUAAGUGUUAUGCAUGUGGGCAGACUGGUCACAUCAGAAGCCAAUGCUCCAAUGCUGCAAGGUAUCAUUCAGUAGCUCCUGAAAAUGGCUACCACUCGAGGUCUCAAUCUCCUCAGAUUUAUGCCAGAAGAAGAAGAAAUCAGGAUCCAUCUCCUCCUCCAUACAAGAGAAGAUAUAGGGAAGACAGAUGUCCAAGCCCUCUAGAAAACAGGAUUUAUAGAAGCCCAAGCCCUGUAAGAAACAGGGGUUAUAGCAGUCCAAGAAGAAAUCAGGAUCCAUCUCCUCCUCCAUACAAGAGAAGAAACGGGGAAGACAGAAGUCCAAGCCCUCUAGAAAACAGGAUUUAUAGAAGCCCAAACCUUGUAAGAAACAGGGGUUAUAGCAGUCCAAGAAGAAAUCAGGAUCCAUCUCCUCCUCCAUACAAGAGAAGAAACAGGGAAGACAGAAGUCCAAGCCCUCUAGAAAACAGGAUUUAUAGAAGCCCAAGUCCUGUAAGAAACAGGGGUUAUAGCAGUCCAAGAAGAAAUCAGGAUCCAUCUCCUCCUCCAUACAAGAGAAGAAACGGGGAAGACAGAAGUCCAAGCCCUCUAGAAAACAGGAUUUAUAGAAGCCCAAACCUUGUAAGAAACCGGGGUUAUAGCAGUCCAAGAAGAAAUCAGGAUCCAUCUCCUGCUCCAUACAAGAGAAGAAACAGGGCAGACAGAAGUCCAAGCCCUCUAGAAAACAGGAUUUAUAGAAGCCCAAGCCCUGUAAGAAACAGGGGCUAUAGCAGUCCAAAUCAGGAUCCAUCUCCUCCUCCAUACAAGAGAAGAAACAGGGAAGACAGAAGUCCAAGCCCUCUAGAAAACAGGAUUUAUAUAAGCCCAAGCUCUGUAAGAAACAGGGGUCAUAGCAGUCAAAGCCCUGUAGGAAACAGGGGUUAUAGAAGCUCAAGCCCUGUAAGAAGCAGGGGUUAUAGCAGCCCAAGCCCUGGUUACAGGGGAUACAAAAGACGGUUUCAAAGUUCACCUUAUAGUCAUUCUCCCAGCCCUACUCCCAGAAAAUAUGGAAAUGCUAAUAAUAGCCAUAGUAAAGCACAAGGUUAUGACAGAUCUCACAGUCCAUUAACCGAAGACCCAGCUGAAGAGCUAACUGCAGGCAUGCAUAAAGACGGAGAAACCAUCUUAAAUGAUAGAAAAAUGGAUGAUGAUGAUAGUCCUGCUACUGCUUAUCCUUAUACAACCAACAAUAAUCAUGAAGAUCAUAAAGAAGGUGAUCAAAAUCAAACAAACCCACAUGGUACUUCUAGUUCUGGUAGAGGAGAGGAUAGCACUAGUUAUGGUCAUGUUCAUGUUGAAGGUGGGGGUGAUAGUAGCACCAAGAGCUCUCCUGCAACUAAUUAUGGUCAAGUUGAAGAUGGCACCAAGAUCUCUCCUUCAACUGAUUAUGGUCAUCUUGAAGAUGGGGGUGAUGGCGUCACCAAGAGCUCUCCUGCGACUGAUUGUGGUGGCGCCAAGAGCUCUCCUUCAACUGAUUAUGGUCAUGUUGAAGAUGGGGGUGAUGGUGGCACCAAGAGCUCUCCUACGACUGAUUAUGGUCAUGUUGAAGGUGGGGGUGAUGGGGGCACCAAGAGCUAUCCUGCAACUAAUUAUGGUCACGUUGAAGGUGGGGGUGAUAGGGGCAACAAGAUCUCUCCUGAUUACGGUCACGUUGAAGGUGGGGAUGAUGGGGGCACCAAGAUCUCUCCUGCAACUGAUUAUGGUAAUGUUGAAGGUGGGGGUGAUAGUGGCACCAAGAGCUCUCCUGCAACUGAUUAUGGUCAUGUUGAAGGUGGGGGUGAUGGUGGCACCAAGAACUCUCCUGCAACUAGUUGCCCAUUUCCGAAUACAUAACUUUGUUAAAGUGAAGAGCAAAUCUGCCAGUGAUGUAGGUCUCUGAUAUUUCUGAUGGAUUUGCAGUGUACAAAUGAAGCGUUCCUGUACUUUAAGCAAAGAUCAGAUGGUUAUAAUACUUCAAGAAUUGAAGUAAAAAAGGUAAGGAUUUAUAAGAGUUUAUAAUAACAAUCCUCCUUUAUGAAGUUUUGAAGGUAGAAUUGUUCUAUUGACAUUGUAUUUCUAAGCAUAAAUGGAAUGUGUUGAAAACU